CUUCGGGCCCCUUUGUCAAUUGUUUAUAACCACAAUUUUCAAAAAUCUUCAUUUUUUCUUAAACUUCAUGCCCAGUCAAAUAGAUUCACGUAAAUUGGAACUGAGGCAGUAUCUAUAAAUCCCCAGUCUUUAGUUGGCUUCUCUCUCUAUAUAUUGCUUGUUCUCUCAGCAUAUGCAAAGAGAAUAAUAGCAUUAGCAAUAUUCUGAGGUUUCUUUCUAUAACAUAAAGGGAACAGUGUUAUAAGAAAAGGGGCAAAACACAAAAAAUAUGGAGAGGGAGAGUGAUGUUGUUAAGGUAUCAAAAUUCAAGAGGAUUUGUGUGUUUUGUGGGAGUAGUCAAGGCAAGAAAAGUAGCUAUCAAGAUGCUGCCAUUCAGCUUGGCAAAGAAUUGGUCUCAAGGAAUAUUGAUUUAGUAUACGGAGGAGGGAGCAUAGGCCUAAUGGGUUUGGUUUCACAAGCCGUUCAUGACGGUGGUCGCCAUGUUAUUGGAGUCAUUCCCAAGACACUCAUGCCUAGAGAGCUAACUGGUGAAACAGUAGGAGAAGUGAAGGCAGUUGCAGAUAUGCAUCAAAGGAAAGCAGAAAUGGCGAAGCAUUCUGAUGCUUUUAUUGCCUUACCAGGUGGUUAUGGAACUCUUGAGGAGCUACUUGAAGUGAUAACCUGGGCACAACUUGGUAUCCACGAUAAGCCGGUAGGAUUGCUGAAUGUGGAUGGAUAUUACAAUUCAUUAUUGUCAUUUAUUGACAAAGCUGUUGAGGAAGGUUUCAUCUGUCCAAAUGCCCGCCACAUCAUUGUAUCAGCACCAACACCAAAAGAGCUAGUCAAGAAAUUGGAGGAUUAUGUUCCUUGCCAUGAAAGAGUUGCGUCUAAGUUGAGCUGGGAGAUGGAGCAGCUUGGCUAUCCCCAAGCACAAGAAAUUGCAAGAUGAACAAGCUAGCCUGAAAUUCUUAUUUUUGUUGUGGGGAAAGGGUGUUCUUUUUUGUUAUUCACCCUGUAAAUUUCUCUAGAAAUGGCAAUAUCUCUCAUCCCCCCUAUUCCCUUCAAGUGGAAAUUUCCUUAAUAUACUGUAAGAUGUAACUAUUAAGAUUAUGCAUAUGUACUUAUUUCCUAAUGCUGACUUGCUAAGUGUGCA